AUGUAUUUGUUCAUGCUAUAUGAUUUUAAAUCAAACAGAUUCUAUAAUUAGCUACUAAAAAUAUCAAAUAUUUUUAGGAAAUCUAAGAAGAAUGCGGUGUCCAUGCUCUAUAAAGAUGUUUACAGCGAAUCCAAUUGGAAAUUUAUCCAGAAGUAUUUAAAUGAAAAAUAGUGCAAAUAGGACACAAUUGUCUUUGAGAAAGGGGAUAGGGGAAGAGAUUUCUACAUCAUUUUGUCCGGAUAAGUCGGAAUUUAUAUAUUUUCAAAUAAUAUGGAAUAGCUUUAGCACAAUAAAAUAAAUAUUCGGUAAGGAAUAAGAGAAUGUGUAAAUUAACUAAUAGGGGAAGGCGUUGGACCAAAUAAAGAUUAAACUCCUGAGAUUCGAAGAAUACUUCUAAAUGAAAAAAUAAAAAAAUUAUUGAAAGUGAAUGAAUUACAUGAAGGGGAUUCUUUUGGUGAAAGAGCCUUGAUAAAUGAAACUGGUCGAUUGGCAACUGUAGUUUGUGAGAAGCAAUGCUAUUUUGCAGUAUUAAAUAAAUAAGCCUACAAAGAAAUUUUGUAACAGGCCCAAAGUGAAAAAAUUCAAUAGCAAAUUAAGGGACUUUAGUCGAUUUCCACCUUUCAAGGGAUGUCCAGAAGGCUUUUAACAAUUCUGUUAUAUGCAUUCCAAAGCUAGGAAUAUAAAUUUAGAGACCUUAUUUAUAAGGAAGGUUAACUUAAUAAAGAAGAAAUAUAUUUAAUUCUUAGUGGAGAAUUUAUUGUAACAGAAAAACUAACAUAUUACUUAAAUUAAUAGCAAUUGAAUUAGACCAGAGAAAUAGCUAUUUUAUAAAAAGGGUGUAUCUUUGGAGACAAGGAGACAUUUCAACAUUUAAAAUAAAGAACGCAGACUAUUCGAUGCAAUUCAGAUUAUGGCAAGGUCCUGUGUAUCUAAUUGGAAAGCCUUGUAUAAAGACUGCUAGUAAUAUUAAGUCUUAAUUAGGCAAACAACGAAUUACAUUUGAUAAACGAACUGAAGAAUCUAAGUGAUUUAAAAGAAACCCAUAGACAAAAUAGAAUUUAAAAAAAGAUAUAAUCACCUGAAAGGUCAAGAAGUGUUAUCAAAUCAAACUCUCCUUUUUAGAGGAUUGAUUAAAUUGUUAAACAAAAAAAAGAACUAUUCAACCAAUUAAACUAGAAUGGUAAAACCAAAAUUUAAUUUAUAUAUGAUAUUAACAUUCCUACUUAAAGAAAAUAGAAUAGUUGUUCUAUGGAAUUCUCAAAAUAGAAAAGAAGAUCAAUAAUUGAUCGUGUUAUGUUAAAUAGUAGUAAUAAUAGUCGUUUUGGAAAGAGGCAAUCAUUAGACUAGAAUAUCUCAACUUAAUUUAAGUAAAUAGAAAAAAAAAGAUAUUCAAUAAUUUGA